AUGGAUGCAACAACACGUAGUGCCCAGAGUUCGGGGUUCGUCGGGAGAAAGGCGAAAAGGGAUUCUUCUGUGCGAUCUGUCAGAGAAGAGAAACACUACAGGUGUGAGGAGUGCAGCAAGCAGUUCAGUCGGAUGGAUAGUCUAAAGACACACAUGCGAACUCACACAGGUGAGACACCCUACAAGUGUGAGGAGUGCAGCAGGCAGUUCAGUGAGCUUGGAAGUCUGAGGGCUCACAUUCGCACUCACACAGGUGAGAAACCCUAUAAGUGUGAGGAGUGCAGCAAGCAGUUUAGUCAGCUGGGUAACCUGAAGGCUCACAUGCGGACUCACACAGGGGAGAAGCCCUACAGGUGUGAGGAGUGCAGCAGACAGUUCAGUCAGCUGGGUCAGCUGAACACCCACACGCGGACUCACACAGGUGAGAAACCCUACAGGUGUGAGGAGUGCAGCAGACAGUUCAGUCAGCUGGGUCAGCUGAACACCCACAUGCGGAGUCACACAGGUGAAAAACCCUACCAAUGUGAGGAGUGCAGCAGUCAGUUCAGUGAGCUGAGCAGUCUCAAGAAACAUAUACGAACUCACACAGGUGAGAAACCCUACAGGUGUGAGGAGUGCAGCAAACAGUUCAGUGAGCUGGGAAGUCUAAAAAAUCACAUGCGGACUCACACGGGUGAGAAACCUUACAGAUGUGAGGAGUGCAGCAAACAGUUCAGUGAGCUGGGAAAUCUAAAAACUCACAUGCGGACUCACACGGGUGAGAAACCUUACAGAUGUGAGGAGUGCAGCAGGCAAUUCAGCGUGCCUGGUAAUCUCAAGAAACACAUGCGGACUCACAGGGGAAAAGUCAAAGAUGUGAGGAGAGAAGCAGCCAGUUCAGCAAGCCAGCAUCUUGUUAAAAGUUGCACAAGAUCUAGGAGCAUGUCGACAACAAGCAGUGCCCAGAGUUUGGGUGACGUCAGGAGAAAGGUGAAAAAGGAUUCCUCUGUGCGAUCCGUCAAGGAGGAGAAACGCUACAGGUGUGAGGAGUGCAACAAGCAGUUCAGUCAGCUGGGUAAUCUGAACAAUCAUAUCCGGACUCACACAUGUGAGAAACCCUACAUGUGUGAGACGUGCAGUAGGCAGUUUAGUCAGAUAGGUGAUCUGAAGAGGCACAUUCGGACUCACACAGGCGAGAAACCCUACAGAUGUGAGGAGUGCAGCAGACAGUUUAGUGAGCUGGGUCAUCUCAAGACUCACAUGCGGACUCACACAGGUGAGAAACCCUACAGGUGUGAGGAGUGCAGCAGGCAGUUCAGUGUGCUGUGUAAUCUUGAAAGACAUAUGCGGACUCACACAGGUGAGAAACCCUACAAGUGUGGGGAGUGCAGCAGGCAGUUCGGUCAGCUGGGCAGUCUAAAAAAACACAUGCGGACCCACACGUUGGAGAAGCCGUACAAAUGUGAGGAGUGCAGCAGUCAGUUCAGUCAGCUGGGAAAUCUUAAGAAACACAUGCGGACUCACACAGGUGAGAAGCCCUACAAGUGUGAGGAAUGCAGCAGGCAGUUCAGUCGGCUGGAUUGUCUGAAAAGUCAUAUGCGGACUCACACAGGAGAAGCACCUUACAUGUGUGAGGAGUGUAGCAAGCACUUCGGUGAGCUGGGCAGUCUGAAAAAACACAUGCGGACUCACACAGGGGAAAAACCCUACAAGUGUGAGGAGUGCAGCAAGCAGUUCAGUCAGCAGGGUGAUCUGAAGAAACACAUGCGGACUCACACAGGGGAGAAACCUUACAAAUGUGAGGAGUGCAGCAAGCAGUUUAGUGUGCUAGGUAAUCUGGAAAAACAUGUGCGGACUCACACCGGUGAGAAGCUCUACAGGUGUGAGGAGUGCAGCAGGCAGUUCAGUCAGCAGGGUGCUCUGAAGGCCCACAUGCGGACUCACACAGGGGAGAAACCCUACAAAUGUGAGGAGUGUAGCAGACAGUUCUGUGAGCUGGGUGAUCUGAAGAAACACAUGCGGACUCAUACAGGUGAGAAACCCUACAAGUGUGAGAAGUGCAGCAAGCAGUUCAGUGUCCUGGGUGCUCUGAAGAUUCACAUGCGGACUCAUACAGAUGAGAAACCUUACAGGUGCGAGGAGUGCAGCAAGCAGUUCAGUCAACUAAGUAAUAUGAAGGCUCACAUGCGGGCUCACACAGGUGAGAAACCAUACAAGUGUGAGGAGUGUAGCAGACAAGUCGCACAGGUGAGAAACAGGUGUGAGGAGUACUGA